AUGAGGCCUUGCCCAAGGAGACUCUGUCAUCUGGCCCAAUCUGUCCAGGGGCCGUUGCUUUUGGCUGUGCUCAUCUUCUUCCUCUUCACCUUGCCCUCCUUUAUUAAGGAACCUAACACGAAGCCUAGCAGGAAUCAGCAUCAACAGGACAUUAAGGAAAGGUCCCCAGAGUUACUGCGAAAUGCUGUGUCUCAGGCACCCAUCACGAGAAGGAGGGCGACCACCCACAUGGAGUCAGUACAGAGGACCCGUGCUCGGGACACACACCCCAAGGCCACAACCCUCACAGCGGGCAAGCUCAGGGGAGCGCAGACCAGCAGCAAGGCCCGUGCCGAGGGGCCGGGCAGAGCGCCCACCCCCACCAGAAAGGCAGCACCGCCGACGCGGGCGAGCAAGGACACCGGGGCGGACGCGCGGCCCCCGACGGCUGGAGGUGGGGGCGGGGCCUCCGGCAGGACCGAGGCGCCGUCACCGAACAGUCGGAGCCCGAGGACGGCCAAAGGAUCUGGGGACCGGAAGGCGAGGCCGACAGGCCCCGGAGCGGUGCCCACGAAGCCGCGGGACAGCCCGGCAACUGCAGCCAAGACACUCCUUCCAAAACACCAGGCCGGGGCGCGGACCCCCGGGGGAGGGGGGCGGGCGGGGAAGGGAGCCAGAGCAGCCACCCCAGACGGAGCCCAGCCCACCCGGUCCUCGGCCCCUCUCCCGAGCCCCGCCACCCGAAGCCAGAAGCUGAAGGCCGCCAACUUCAAGUCUGAGCCCCAGUGGGAUUUUGAGGAGGAAUACAGUCUGGAGGUGGGCGGCCUGCAGACGGCCUGCCCUGACUCGGUGAAGAUCAAAGCCUCCAAGUCACCCUGGCUCCAGACUCUCUUUCUGCCCAACCUCACCCUCUUCCUGGACUCCAGACACUUCAACCAGAGCGAGUGGGACCGCCUGGAGCACUUCGCUCCGCCCUUCGGCUUCAUGGAGCUCAAUUUCUCCUUGGUGCAGAAGGUCGUGAUGCACUUCCCCCCCGUGCCCCAGCAGCAGCUGCUCCUGGCCAGCCUCCCUGCCGGGAGCUCCCGGUGCAUCAGCUGUGCCGUGGUGGGCAACGGGGGCAUCCUGAACAACUCCCACGUGGGCCCAGAGAUAGACAGCCACGACUAUGUGUUCCGGCUGAGUGGCGCCGUCAUCAAAGGCUAUGAACACGAUGUGGGUACUCGGACCUCCUUCUACGGCUUUACUGCCUUCUCUCUGACCCAGUCACUCCUUAUACUGGGCAGUCGGGGUUUCCGGCAUGUGCCUCUGGGGCAGGAUGUCCGCUACCUGCACUUCCUGGAAGGCACCCGGGACUAUGAGUGGCUAGAAGCACUGCUUCUGAAUCAGACCAUGGCUUCAAGGAACCUUUUCUGGUUCAGGCGCAGACCCCAGGAGGCCUUCCAGGAAGCCUUCCAACUGGACAGAUACCUGUUGCUGCACCCAGACCUGCUCCGAUACAUGAAGAACAGAUUCCUGAGGUCUGAGACUCUGAACACUGCCCACUGGAGAAUAUACCGGCCCACCACGGGAGCCCUCCUGCUGCUCACUGCCCUCCAGCUCUGUGACCGGGUGAGUGCCUACGGGUUCAUCACUGAGGGCCACGAACGCUUCUCUGACCACUACUAUGAUAAGUCCUGGAAACGAACCAUCUUUUACAUCAACCAUGACUUCAAGUUAGAGAGGACACUCUGGAAGCGGCUACAUGAUGAAGGUAUUAUCCGGCUGUACCAACGUCCUGUAACUUCCAAACCGACCAUCUGA